CUGCGCGCGCCUUGCAUUGUGUACGCCGCAACGGCAGCCAGGCCGAGGAGUGGCGGCGAGUGGGGCGCGCGCGCUGGCUCCUGGCUCGGGGCGCCCGGCGGCGGGCGAGGAGGAGCGCGCGCUCGCGGAGCCCCCUGCCUGCUGCAGGCACAACGCUGGCUCCGCUACAGGCAAGUCAGAGGCGGCGGCGGCGGAGGAGGAAGAGGAGGCGGAGGAGGGAGCCCAGCCGGCGCCAUGGAGGAGCUGAGCAGCGUGGGAGAGCAGGUCUUCGCCGCCGAGUGCAUCCUCAGCAAGCGGCUCCGCAAGGGCAAGCUGGAGUAUUUGGUGAAGUGGCGCGGCUGGUCUUCCAAGCACAACAGCUGGGAACCUGAAGAGAACAUUCUUGACCCCAGACUUCUGUUGGCCUUUCAGAAGAAAGAACACGAGAAAGAAGUCCAAAAUCAGAAAAGGGGCAAGAGACCUAGAGGCAGGCCCAGGAAAAACGUUGAACCUGAGCUGGCACCAAAGAGCAAAUCCAGUAGCUCUUCUUCAUCAACCUCCUCCUCAUCUUCCUCUUCUGAGGAAGAGGAUGAGAGUGACAUUGACACAAAGAGAGGUCAACGGAGCAGAGAGAGCCACCCUGUGCCACAGAAGAAAGCUCAAAUUCUGGUUGCCAAGCCUGAUAACAAAGAUGCUGUUAGGAAAAAGCGUGGGCGGAAGCCGAUGCCUCCGGAACAGAAGGCAGCAAAGAAGACCAUCAACCUAACAAAAGUGCUGAAAACUAAUCGGAAAGACAUGGGGGGAGGAGGACCCAAGUUGAUGGGCAAGAUGCAACCACAACACAAUGCUCAGAGUUCUGGCAUUGCCAUACUUAAAUCCCACAUGAAGGAAGCGCAAGGUGCAUUUGGUGGCUUUUGUUCUGGAGCAUCUUCUACUGACAACCUGGCUAAUAUUGUGAAAGGUAACUCGCCUGGAAGCCCAAACUGUGGCAUCAGUUGGCAGAGCUCCAUCGUACAUUACAUGAGCAGGAUGUCACAAAAUCAGAACUCAGCAGAUACUUCAGCUGUGGGAAGGCUGACACUCAAGUCAGCCAUGUCUUGCAAGAGUGGGUUAGGACUGGAUUUAAAACCGAAAAACCAGAAAAGUGCCGGGGAUUUGGAGCUGACUUUACAAGGGUCCAAAGUGGCUAAGAGACCGAGCGGCAACGCAUUGGGGGAACAGAAAACAGGGUUUGGUGCUGGUGCUCAGAAUUUGCACAAUGGUAACAAGGUUCCUGCCAGUUCUCCCAGCAGCCAACUAGCUUCCAACCAAGAGCUCAAUCUCCAAGCUUUAAAUCUACAAAGUGUGAAAAAUGGACCAACCUCCAUUGGAGGGAGCAUCCUUCCCCGACAUGCUUGUGGGACGGUGGCCAAAAGUGCUGGCAACACUGCAGCCAUGAGCACAGGUGUGCCCAAAGGCAGUGGGCCAGCCAUUGGACCAAACACUGCAAAUUCAGAUACAGACGCUCACAAAAGUGAGAAGCCAACACAAAGAAUAGCGACUGGCGAGAAAGAUUUGACAACGAAAAGCAGCACCUCGAGUACACAGGAGGGAUGUACCACAGCAGAAAAUCACAAAACAUCAGCUCUGUCAGAAAUGAGCACCGGAGAAGAGGAGACUAGCUCUGAUUCAGACCGAGACUCUGCCGCUUUCCCUGGAGCAGGCCAGAAUAUGUCUGUCUCCAUCCAAACUAGCCAGGAUUGGAAGCCCACUCGCAGUCUCAUUGAACAUGUCUUUGUCACAGAUGUGACUGCUAACCUGAUCACUGUGACAGUUAAGGAAUCCCCAACUAGCGUUGGCUUCUUUAAUCUUAGGCAUUACUGAAACGUAUGGCAAGGGUCACAUCUUGUCCCUUUCCACCUUUCUCACUGACUCUGACUGUUGCAUUGGAUGCCAGAAAGGGAGAUCUGACUUGGCUGUUCUCACCCUAUAAUAAGCUGUGUUCUAGUAAGUGGUGAACCUACACUGAGAGAGUAUAUAGUUGUUGACUGUGAGAUCUUGUGGCUUCUGCUAGUCUACUCUAUAGAAACACCUUGAAGACUAUAGAGAGUUCUUCCUGUUCUGCCAAAGAGAGAGAGAGGCAGGGUUGAAGAUUCUCAAAAAUGUUGGCUUUAGUUAAAAUCAGUCAGUAUAGGAGAGACUGAGAGACGGUUACUCACCCAGGUAUUGCUGAACUUGGAUUUCUUAGCUUUAUGGUUUGAAAUGGCAGAAAACUGAGUAUCCAGUUGCCUGGUAAGUUUGCAGGGAAGGAUUCUAAAAACAAACUUCUACUAUUAUUUUGUGUUAUCCAAGGAAAUGUAUUCUUCCACCAAAUAAUCAAUAUCUGAAUCUUUUGAGCUUGGGACAGUGAAACCCAGUCAAAACUUGAAUAUUAGUUUUAAUAUUUAGAUUACUACAAAAGGGUUGUGUGAAAUGGGAAUAUUGUUUACAUUUCCUUAAGUUUGCCUUUGCAAGCUAAAUGGGGUUGAUACAGAAGAGGAUAUUGCCUUCAGAGCUUUGGGGGGCUGGGCCUAGAAACUGUAGGUGCUACUGGCUACAUGGCCAAGCUGCCUGUUUGCUAUUUCUCUUGGCUCAGAGUGGUAGCAUCAGGACUAUCUAUUAACAUUUGUGCUAGAAAUUGUUUGAAAAACAAAGCCUUUAAGUGGUCCCAGAAACAUUUCCAUCAAAACUAAGCAACCUUUUUCACCUGCCAGGUGCCGGUAUACAUGCUCUCCCUUCAUCCCUAUUAUCACCUAUGUGGAAACUUCUAAUAGAAAGUACUUCUGCUUAACAUCAUCACAUACACAGGGCAACUACAGCCCGUGGCACCUUCCCAGGAUGAGUACAGACAGCCAAACACCUCACAAGCAUGGUGAUGGCUUAUAUAUAGGCUACGUUUCGUAUCGUACACAGAACUAGUAUCCAUGUUGAAAUGUUGGAAGUGAAGUGGUCCUUAGGUUUUGGUACAGAGGCUAUUGAGACAUGUUCUCUCAGUACAGUGAGGAACUUCUGUAACUGCUGGAUCUGUAAUAAAAGAUGGUAACUGAAUCUUGGGAGCAGAUGUAAGUGAGGUAAGGAAAUGCUGUCCAAACGGAGUGGAAGGCUUUCAUUAUGUAGAGAACAGAGCCGCUAUCAUGCUGUCUCUGCCACACACUCUUGCAACUUAACCGUGAAACAUUCCAUACUGAUAUUCUGAGAAAUUUGUUUUUUUUUCUCUUUUGAAGUGUGCAACUGUAUAUAGGUAUUGUAUGCCUUGGUCUUAUGUGGGUUUUUUUAAUGCAACAUGAGCCUUACUUUCUUGGCGGGGCAUAAGACAAGAAAGAAGCUAGGUUGGAGGGUAAUCCAGCACCAAAGUCCAUGUUGGGCCUAGGUUUUCCUGAAGUCACAUUGUGACUCAAGUUUGGCUUUGUAUUAUUUUUUCCAUGACAGAUGGCUUAUUGAGGCCAACAUUAUCUUCCAGGUUUGGAGUAGCUCUGAGCAGCAGCUCUGUUUUAUCAUUCCAUCUUGCAGAUGGCUUGUUUAUUUACAUUGGUACAUGACACUAAAUUAGAAACUGCAGCAUUGCUUGGAAACAAGGAGUACCUGGAGUAUUCAUAGGCAAAGGCCUCCAAACCUGAAUAGGGAUACAUUGCCAAGUUUCAGAAUAGCUGUUUGUCUUUGCAAUCUAGAGUGUAUUGUCCUGGAGUGUCUUCUACAAACACUUGAUUGCCAAGAGCUGUUGUUUGUUGGAUCUGUCUGUCCUGAAUAGUUUUAAUGCAUGUUGAGCUACCCAAAGAGUGUGUGGCUUGCUAACUUUUGCACCAUUCUCUUUGGAUCCUUGCUUGAAAUCCAGUGACUGAGCCUGUUGGUUUCCUGUUGUCAUUUUAUAUAUCCUUUGGAGUUCAUGGGGUGAUAGCAUCAACAAACAUGAGAAGAAGGGAGGUUGCAAACCAUGGAUAAGAUAUUGCUUCCAUUUAUAUUAAGAAUUUUUGCUACUUAAAUACUCACCUCAGCCUGUGAUCCUGAAUUUGCUUACAUUGAAGUAAUCUGCUUCAAAGUGGUUGUGUUUACAGUUGGGGUGCAAGUUUCUAGUAAUGUAUUGAGCAUCUAAGAACAGUUUGGGUAAAAAUUCUGGUGGAGGCUCUUUUGUGCAAGGCUGCGGAGCAGGGUUAGGGAAGCAGACUAUAAUGUUGGUUCCCCUGUUUGCAAGACCCGAAAAGAUGGGUCAGCAAGACCCGAAAAGAUGGCCAGCGUCUUUUCACAAGGAAAGAAGAGAACUGGUUACCACAACUCACCCAGGAAAUCACUGCUUAGCAUACUGCAGUGACACCCCUCCUUUUGGCAGCAUGACAACUAUAGAUAUCAAGAAACCUUGACUAGGCUCAGCAAACAGCUCUUUUGCUAGUAUAUUAGAAGGUGUUCUCAUGGGCUCUGUAGAUGUGACAGUUAUGUUCUCUUCUUAAAGGCAUCCUUGUAAAUAGACUUAAGUGAAACAACAUUUAAUUCUGAAUGCAUGUAUACUUUACAGGGAUCUGUAUUCCCCUCCUGUUCUUUGUUCUGCUGUCCAGUGUCCAUGUUUUGUCUCUACUCCGCCGCCCCCCCUUUUAGUUCUAGCUACACUCCUGCCCUGUGGGGUAGAAUGUCUACAUCAGGAGACAUGAAUUUCUGUUGCAAAGUUUACAUGAGAUAAUGAGCCCUUCGGGGGAGGGCGGUUUAUAAAUAUAAUAAAUAAUAAUAAUAAUAAUAAACUCUGGGGCCUUGUGGUCUAGUUUUUGUUUUAAGCGAAAUAUCAAUCUAUCCUCCCUCUCUCUCUCUCUCUCUCUCUCUCUCUCUCUCUCUCUCUCUCUCUCUCUCUCUCUCUCUCUCUCUCUUUGGGUGCCAAAAAUGCAAAAUUAUGUUGAUGCUUCUUUCUGCCGGUUAGUUUUAAGCUCAGACAGUUCUCCAUUUGGGAUACUGGGCACUGUUCUGAAAAGCUCUUGGCAAAGUCUGGCCCAGUUUAGGCUUGAAGUUCAAGACACAGUAAGAAUGGUAUUUUUAAAAAAAAUUGGCAAGUUUUACUUUUGUAGUAAAAAGAGGAACUUUGAUGGCUGCCAUCUGUCUUUGUGGUCUGUCAGAUAUUUAUUACGUAUUUUGCUUUUAUGAAUCUAAAUCCCUUUUAACUCUUCCUCGUGCCUUUUGGAAACAGUGUGUUUGCCGGCAACAGUUUCAUGUUUUUAUUACAACUGAAUGAGUGUUAAAGGUCCUUAUGACGAGACCGGGUUUUGAAGCAGAGUAAGAGGAAAGACUUCAUAAUAUGCUAGUGCUUACGCUAAAUUGGCCUGUUUGGCUAAUAGAGCUGACAGCUGUCUGUUAGAGACAUGCGACCCUCCUGCUUUGUUGAGGCCAGCGUCUUUUCACAAGGAAAGAAGGCCUUGUUCUGCUGGACUGGCUUCUAAUGAAUUAAAGGGAUUUGUUGUUGGUUAGAGGUAAGAGGUCCAUUCAUACAGCUGAGAAUGCAAGAGUGGGCACUAGCUUUCCCUCUACCCAGAAACCCCACUGUCAUCAAUAAAAUCUCUUGGGCCCUAACUUUAUUUUGUGCGUGUUUGUUAUAAUGAGCUCUGCAGUAUUUCAGUAAUAAUAUAUUUCACUCUGGCCCUGGUACAUUCUUUAUUUCUGACCUACCAGGCCCCCAUGUAUUUGUUAAAUUUCUAAAUGCAUUUUUUUCCACCUGUAAUUUUAAUGUAUAGCAGCUUCCCAUUGUUCCAGAGACCUCUGCACAAGUCGCUUGGGAUUCUCAACUGUGCUCUUUGGUGAAAGCCAUUAGAAAUAGGCUUCUUUAUAUUUCCCUGUUCUCUUGGAAAACUGAGGUCUGUUGCUCUUUCCCUAGAAGUUCUAAUCCUGUGCCUUUCUGUUUAACCAGCCAUUUCUAUUCCAAAGCCUAUCUCUUGAAAAUACCUUACUUAACCAGUAAGAUGAACCACUUUCUGACGACUACAUUGACAUUGGUGCUUGUUACUUGGUGUACAAAACUGAGUGAAAGAUUAAAAAAUAAAAAUUGAAGCUAUCAUUUCAUAGCCUAACUGUGCAUUUGAAUUCACAGUUGAAAUUUUAAAAUCUGUCCUUGGCAGAUGGUUCAUAUAAAUGCUAACUAUAUCUACCAAUUAUUAAAAAGUAGUAUUCAAAGCCUACCUUUAUAUAUAUAUAUUUCUUCAGUUUGCUGCUAUGUGUCUGAGGGUUUUAGUUGUGUGGCAAACAAUUGUCUAAAGUUCUGUUGCUACUCUGCUCUAUUUUUGAAGAGGUUUUUUUUGCGGGGUUGUUUUGUAACUAUAUAGUGCUGCCGUAUUUGUAUAUCAAAUGGAUAUUUUUUUUUGUCUUGGAAUAAUGUAGUGGCUCUUUUACACUGACUGGAAGAAAUGCUAAAGAUAGCCCACUUCUGUAGAAUUGUACAAUAUGUACAAUAUAAAAAAACCCACAAACCUGAUUUACUUUAUAUUGUGUUUUGUUCUGAUCCUCUGAAUUCCAUGCACUCACUUCUGAGCAAGAGAAAUAGCUUUCACAAGAAGGAAACUUGUGCAAAUUAGUUCAGUGCUUCUUGUAAUAUGUGUCAAUCACUGUGUGUUUAAUUUUUAAAAAGCCAAAUAGUUCCUGUAUGACAUUUUCUAAUUGCUUUAACUAGAGCUGUUUCUUUGCUUUUAUGCUAAGAGAACAAAAGUUGGAGAUGUUAUUACCAUGGGAAAGCUUAGGUUCUUUGUUAGAGUGGGACAGCCUUUCCAGCCAGAAUAUUAAAUAAGGCUGAAAGCAAUGUCUGCCCAUUGAUCUCACUGUGGGUUCACUGCUGCGUUUGGGGUUUGUUUGUUUGACCCUGGCUGCCUGGCUGGCUUGCUUCUCUUAUAUGAUGUCUGCCUUCUAGUGUUUCUCGGCCGUUAACACUAGUUUAAACUUCAGCUGUUUAAUUUAUUUUGCAGGUUUAAAAAGGAAAAAAAAUCUCUUAGAUGGUAUGCUGGACAAUUUUUGUAUAACUUUUAAUUCAUGGUUUUAGUAUUCAAUAAAUAUUUUUUUAAAUUUUCA